AUGACGUUAGUUUUUAUCUUCUUCCUCAUUCUCCUUCCUCUCUUAGCCUCAUCAGUAAAGAACCAGGUAUACAUAGUGUACUUUGGUGCACACAGAUCAGGAGACAAAACAUUGCAUGAAAUAGAAGAGACACAUCUCUUAUAUCUUUCGUCCGUGAAGGAAACAGAAGAAGAAGCAAGAAUUUCUCUUGUUUAUAGCUAUAAGCAUAGCAUCAAUGGCUUUGCUGCAUUACUUACACCAGAUGAAGCCUCAAAACUAUCUGAGUUAGAUGAAGUUGUGUCCGUUUUUCAAAGUCGCGCAAACAAGUACUCGCUGCAGACAACAAGAUCAUGGAGUUUCUUAGGGUUAGAUGGAUUGGAAGAUGAAAAUAUGUAUGAUUGGAAUAAACUAAUUACCUCUGCAAGAGAAUUGCUAUCAAAAGCUAAAUACGGCGAGGAUGUUAUUGUUGGGAUCAUAGAUAGCGGUGUAUGGCCAGAAUCAAAGAGUUUUAGUGAUAAGGGGAUGAGACCUAUUCCAGAAUCAUGGAAGGGAGAUUGUUCGAUGGUUGGAGAAGAUUUUAACUCCUCACAUUGUAAUAGGAAAAUCAUUGGAGCAAGGUACUACAUUGAAAACUUCGAACGAUAUCACGGCCAACUAAAUGACUCAGAGGACAGUCGGUCACCGCGUGACUUGGAUGGGCAUGGAACUCAUACAGCCUCAAUCGCAGUUGGGCGAAGUGUUAGAGGUGCAGCGGCAUUGGGUGGAUUUGGUCUUGGGACUGCAUCUGGUGGAGCUCCAAAGGCGCGUCUUGCAGUAUACAAAGUAUGUUGGACUAUGCCUAAUCAACCAAAAGCUCGGAAGUUCACAUGUUUUUCAGCCGACAUACUAGCAGGCAUUGAUGAUGCCAUUGCAAAUGGUGUCCACGUGUUGAGCAUUUCUAUUGGCAUGCCUGUACAUGAUCAUUAUGAUGAAGAUGGUAUUGCAAUUGGUGCACUUCACGCCAUACAAAAUAACAUUCUAGUGGUGUCUGCUGCUGGGAACUCAGGCCCUAUCCCAGGAUCAGUGGUGAAUAUGGCACCUUGGAUUAUCACUGUAGGUGCUAGUAGCAUAGAUCGAAAAUUCCUAGGUCCUCUUACGUUAGGAAAUGGAUUGAAAUUAAUGGGGCAAACAGUAACACCAUACACGUUAGAAGAAAUGUAUCCAUUAGUAUACGCAGGAGAUGCUGAAGAUAUCGGUGUUGCCCAGCAUGAAAAGGGACAAUGCCUUGAUGGUACUCUUUUACCAGAAAAAGUUACAGGAAAAAUAGUAUUGUGUGGUAAUCGAUCAGGAUUACGAGGUUCGACAGUGGAAAAAUGCGCUGAAGUGAAAAGAGCUGGGGGUGUUGGUUUCAUCUAUGAGAAUAAUCCAACAAUGGGUUCAGAGUUAGUGGUUGAAACUCAUCUUCUUCCGACCAUUGCAUUAACGGUUUCUGAUGCGAUGAUAGUCCGCAAGUACAGCAAGUUCAUUGAGAAUGCAACGGCAACCAUUGGAGUAGCAAAGACGGUGUUACACAAUAAGCCAGCACCAACAAUUGCGGGCUUCAGUAGUAGGGGUCCAAGUAUGGUUGAUCCUCAUAUUCUUAAGCCUGACUUAGUGGCUCCAGGUUUGAAUAUAUUGGCAGCAUGGAGUGAGAAAUCAUCUCCUACCAGGUUACUAAACGAUCAUCGAAGAGUCAAGUAUAAUAUUUUUUAUGGUACUUCUAUGGCCGCUCCUCAUGUGGCUGCCAUUGCUUCUCUUUUGAAAGCAAUUCAUCCUAAAUGGAGUAAUGCGGCUAUAAAAUCUGCUAUCAUGACUACAUCGUCAAUGAAAAACAACGAGGAUUCUUUCAUACUUGAUUCUAAUGGUGUUGCUGCGACUCCCUUUGCACUUGGCUCUGGCCACGUCUCACCAAUAAAAGCUGUAGAUCCAGGUUUAAUAUACGACUGUUCCUACACAGAUUAUCUUAGCUAUCUUUGUAGUGGAGGGUUCAAACAUAUCAACGGGUUGAGUAGUUUUGACCCAACAUUCAAAUGUCCCAAAGACGAUAUCCCACCAUACAAUCUCAAUUACCCAUCACUGGCACUUCCCAAUAUUAAAGGCAUGGUAACAAUUUCUAGAAGUGUCACUAAUGUUGGAAAUCCACCUUGUGUUUAUUACUUCAAGGUCGAACAGCCAUAUGGAAUAUCUGUGGAAGCCUUUCCUGAUAUUUUGGACUUUGAUCAAAUUGGCCAAACAAAGAAAUUCACUAUUCGAAUCACUCCAAAUGAGAUUGCUAAGAAGCAUCACAAACACAAUUAUGCCUUUGGAUGGUACGCUUGGAUUAAUGUUGAUCAUGAUGUAAGAAGUCCAAUUGUAGUUUCUUUGGCACAAGUUUGACCCUUUUUCUUUUUUUUUUCAUUAUUCUUCAACAUGAAUCCUAGUUCAACAAUAAAUAGUUCUACAUGGUUUGUUUUACUUGCACACUUUCCCUUCAGUCUCUUCUCUAACCACUCUCCCUUGAACAUUUUCUCAAUAUCUCUUUACCAAAAUGGGUUCACUUGAAUUUGAUUACAAACCCAACAAGGCUACUUUAUCAUCAGUUAUGGAACAACUGAAUCCAUUACACCCUAAUGAAUUCAGAAGGAAAGGCUACAUGAUCAAAGACUUUCUUGCUG